GUGUUUGUGCCCCUAACCCCCCAACUGUAGGACUGCAGGUUCAUCUCCCCAGCCAUGAAAUGUUCCUUGUUGUGCCAUGGACAAUGCCGCCAUCGCUGGAGGAUCCGAGGGCAGAAGCUCGAGUCCUGCUGGAGGGCAUUAUUAAAAGCAAGCUGCAGAACUUACUGAGUAAGUUCUGGCCAAAAGCGGAGGUGCAGCUGAUCUUGUUUGAAGACAGCGAGAGGAAAACAAAAACCAAGAUCACUUUUGAAAGCUUUGAUGUUUCCAGCCAGGAUGGGGUAGUGAUCCUCCGCCCUGAGGAGCAGCUGCAGCAUAUUAUCUCUCUCGGCCACGCCCACAUCACCGUCACAGACGACAGCAUCUACUGGGACGACGCAGAUGAGUGCGACUCCCCCGCCCUGAACAAGUGCAGCUCCAACUCCGUCUGCAUCAACACCCUGGACUCCUUCACCUGCGUGUGUGAGCCGGGGUACUACAGCCUGAGCCCCAUCCUCAGCCCUGCCUGCCAUGAGAAGGGGAUGUUCACGCUAUGCCUGAAGGACCAUGUAUCUGGGGGCAUCUCCAAGCCUUUCCUCAUCCACUACUUUGGAGGGAAUGUGACUGUUGUCCUCAAUGAUGGUCGCUGCUCCAUCAACGAGACGGACAAGUUUUAUUAUUACAGGAUAACUGGCGCCCCCUCCCAGUGUGGAGGCCAAACGCUCAUUAACAGGACGCAUGUGGAGUUGAGGAACGUGCUGACUGUGACGCUCAGCAGCAGGAGAUCCAUCACACGGAGGGACCUGAAGGUGCUGUGGACCUGUGCCUACCCGCUGCUCCAGACCAGCACAGCCCGCAUGAAGCCUGGUCUGGACUGGGUUACCUCUCACAGUGUGGUGCAGGUGAAUUCGUCCCGCCUCCUGGAGAUCAGCAUGGCCUUGUACAGUGACUCAUCUUACGCAUACAACUACACUGGCCCUGUGGAGCUCCCUUCUGCAGAGCAGCUGUACAUCCAGGUGACCCUGCACUGUGAAGACAGCCUGGCCUACAACAUGAGCCUACAGCUGGAGUCCUGCUGGGCCACACAGACCGCAGACCCACAAGAGGAGAAGAAGGCUUUUUUCCUGAAGGGGGGCUGCCCAAACGACAGAACCUUCCGCUGGUACCUCCAGAGCAGUUCCCCUCAAAGGAAGAGGUUCUCCGUUCAGAUGUUCACCAUGUCUGACCACUCCCACAUCUACCUUCACUGCCUGAGCAGAAUAUGCAGCCAAGAUGAGAACUGCACAACGAACUGCUCUCCCAGGCAAAACCAAAAGGUGAGAAGAGAUCUACCGGACAAACUCACAGCUACUGUUUCAGCAGGACCCAUCUCUGCAGCAAAGAGGAAACUGUCAAACUGGCCUGGAGCCCAGAUCAUGCUAUCAGUGGCCGGAGGAUUGAUUGGCCUCUUUUUUCUGACAGCACUGGGUGUGCGUGCAGCACACGCUAUAACACAGCGCAACCCCAGACAUCAAUAAAGUGUGUAUACCUGCA